UCCAUCUAGCUCGAGCAUACUUUGAAAUCCUUGCUAAGAUGCAGUCAUGUUCUACCUAGUCUCCAGUUUACCGCAACAUUGACUUGUUAUACCUGUUACACUUGUUAUACCUGUAAAUGGUUCUAUCAGUUGUAAUUCAAUUAACAAUUGAAUUUGACAAUUAACGAUGAAUUUGCUGUGAUGUUUCAAAUUAUAUUAAUGUUAAUUUAAGUAGUUUAUUGUACCAUUAUUGAAACGUGUUUAAUCAAAUAUGUAAGAAGGUAAGGGUUUUAAUUGAGAAUGCAAGUUGCGUAGCUAGGCGUUCUCUUAAGUUUGGAAAAAAUCAUAGCUGUGUUUUUUUGGCCUGUUGACUCUUAAACUGAUAUAUUUACACAUUUUUCCCUUCCUGUAAAUAAAACUCACACUAAUAAGCUUCAUUGGCAGCGAGAGAUGUUGAAUAUGCCUGCAGUACAAAUAUUUUUAUGAACCUAUCACAUGAAUAAAUAUGCAUAUCAAUUUGUGGAGCCGCAAUUUUAGUGCCUAAUUGGCUUGGCCAAGGACAGACUUUCUCAAAAUACAGAAUAGACCUAAACAGUUGAUUAUAAUUAAAUAUUUCAUUCAGGGCUGGGCACUGUUUCUGCAGCUGACAUGUAAAUUUUCAUGGUCAGUCUUUCAGUGUUUUAUUGCAGUUCUCAGUCAGUGACGUUAAGUGAAGCAAUGGGCUGAUACGUGAAAGAGUUUUCACUUACUGUUAAUGUUCGAGAAAUUUAUUAACAGCGGGACAGCGAACAUCUGAAUUCAUAGAAGCUUUUGAAAUUGUUGUUCAGCAGCAAGGCAAUUACUUCAUUGUUGCUGAGAAAGCGGUGUCAUUUAUUUCCGCAACCUAUUCAACAAAAUGCUAAAACAUAUUUUUCUUCAAUUUGAAGAAAACAUGCAUUUCCUCCAAGUGUUAUACUUAGGAAUACGAGUUCAAAUUGUUGAAUUACGGCGAAGUGUGAUGUACUGAAGAACAAAAUGUGCCACAACUUAGGUUGUGUGUGUAUUUCACCUUGAAACGGUUAUUUGGAUACAACAACGGGCGCGCAUUAUAUUGUGAAUUCUGUUUUGUAACAACCUUCCGAAAUAGUUCCUUAAUUGAUUUAUGCAACAGGACCUCCGUUAACUGUGUGCGGUCUGGAGAAGUAAACCUUACGUGCAUCGACUUUGUUCCGUUAAAAUAUGGAAUGACUACCGUUAGAAUUACAAACCAACAGCUACUUAAAUCAGGCACUGUCUCAAUUAUGUCAAACAAAUAAUUCGGUUUUGUCUCCAUAGAAAAGGAGGGAAAUCGUGUAAAAUAAGUCAUGGAAAUAAAAUGCUUCGAAAAUGUUCAGCGCAGGUUAAAAAUCGACAUUUGUUAUAUAGAGAUGACUGUGCGUUAAAAUCACUUAAGCUUUAAAUAUUCGUUAUUCCAGAUGUAUGCAUUUGUAUUAUAUCAGCUUUGCCUUAUACUUACUGGCCGCCAGCAUCUCAUCAGGAUUCAAAUUACACCGUUUAUCGCUGUGUGUGAAGUAUUUAAACCCGAAAAUGCAUUUUAAGUACCUUUUAUUCGCCCUUCAAACAAAACAGUGCAAUUAAUCUCCCACACUGAAGUAUGCUUUCUAGAUAUUUUAUAUCAUUCUCAGGUCGCAUGUGAAAUGCAAAAAUCUCCGUGUAUCAUUAAUAUGAUGCAUGAUUUUAUUUUAAAUCUGACGCCUGUACACAGACAUGUCUAUGCUAUAGUUUGGCUCACUUGUUAACGAUGAAAGGAUUGGAUCUUGCAAUUGGUGUUAAAUAUAUGGCUAAUUAUGCGUAUGAAAAUUAAGCCUCAGAGUUAUGCUAAUAGGAGCCGCCUUCAGCUGUUUAUCAGAGCUCUUGAGACUGGCAUUUAAUCAAAUGAAUCAGUAACUGCUGCAUAUGCACGUGUGGUCUUUCACCGUAUUACUUCAUGAUAGAUGCAGUUUUGCUGCAUCACAAGCGUUAUCUUGUUAAAUACUAUUUAAGUGAGUACAACGUUCAAGAAACGUUUUAAUUCUAUAUUAGUUGUUGCGCACAUGAUUUUAUUUUUAAUUGCGUGUCUUCGUUCGUCUUUACAAUGAUGGACCGGGACUAGUUCGGCCGUUUGCUAGAUUGACCAUUUUGCCUAUGUUUUCCCCAUUCGAAUUUAGUUUUGAGCAAAGUAAAAUCAAUGGAUAGGCAUCUGCUAUAAUACAUUUCAACAUAGGAAACGAAAACGUUAGGUUAGUUACGGCUUCUUUAUAAAAACAAAAUUAUACCAUAUUUACGUUGCCAAUCUCUUUUUAAAUACAAUACCUGAUGAACUUUAUGCAUUUGUAUUGCUCCAUAAAUCCCUAACAUCAUGAAAGCUUUCAUAGGGAGUUACUUUGUGGAGUGCAGCGAUUGUUGUUAGGUUGAAGAUAAUGCAUAAAGUUUCUUGUAUACCAUUUAUACUGCAGAAGGGCACUCAGUUUUGAAAUAUUACGUGUAAAAUUAACGAAAGCAACAUCUUGUAGUUGUCAAUACUGUCAUUAAAAUCAUAAUGUAUUAUUUUGGCAGCAGUGUUUUGGAUAUUUACAAUACGGAUUACGUGUAUUAUUGUGCAGCGGUUAUGAGUCAUUAAAGUCUCAGUUGAGGUCAUCAAACUAGGACUUUAUAAUGUCUGUAAUAAACCGUUUCAAAAUCGUUUGAUUUGAGAUGUUAGCCAGAGCGUUGACUUGGAAAUGCUGAGAAACUCUCUGGGCCCAUCUGUCUGCACGGUUUCGGGCCCCUAGGUCCUUUUGGUUCGGCCAAUCAAAACGGCACGUGGUGGAGAUGGACCUAUCAGCGAGUAGUAUUUCUGAAUAUUCAUCAGCUAUCCAGUCAAACCUUUCAGGCGAGUUAGUGUGUAUUCACAGCAUCAUGCCUCGACUUUGUCAACCCCAAAACUCCAUUUUCUUAUGAAUGGAGAGUGAAAAAAAUCAGAUUCGCUUAAAUUGGGAUCCUUCUCGGCCGGUGGGAGUAGUGGAAGGAAAAGAAGUGAAGUGACAAGCUGGGAGGCGAACGAUGACCAUGACUACAAUGUCAGAAAACCUCAACAGCCCCGUCUCAAGUAAAGCAGUUUUUAUGGAGUUUGGGCCACCAAGUCAACAAAUGUCGCCUCCCAUGUCUCACGGACAUUACUCCAUGCACUGUUUACAUUCCGCCGGGCACUCUCAACAUGACAGCUCCUACAACACUGCUUCAUCCUUCUCACGGUCUCUGGGCUACCCCUAUGUCAAUUCAGUGAACAACCAUUCCAGUAACCCCUACAUCAAUUCAGUGCAAUCGUACCAAAACAGCUCGAAUCUGGCACACACAAGAUUAGAGGACACAGGAGCAGAGUCAGAUAAAGGUACCGUGGUGGAAAGUGGAGAAGUCAGGUUUAAUGGGAAAGGGAAAAAAAUCCGCAAACCCCGAACCAUUUAUUCCAGUCUACAGCUGCAAGCUUUGAACAGACGGUUCCAACAAACUCAGUACCUGGCUCUGCCUGAAAGAGCCGAGCUUGCUGCUUCUCUGGGGUUGACACAGACACAGGUAAAGAUUUGGUUCCAGAACAAGCGUUCUAAGUUUAAAAAGCUGAUGAAACAGGGUAAUGGUGCAUUAGAGAACAGCGCCCUUGCUAAUGGUAGGGGCCUAUCCGGAUCCUCCCCUCCAGUUCCACCCGUCUGGAACCCCUCAUCUGCCGGCAAGAGCUCCACAGGGACCCCGGGAAACUACAUCCCUAGCUACACAUCGUGGUACCCUCCAGCGCACCAGGAAUCUAUGCAGCAGCCCCAACUGAUGUAAGAUAACCACCCUCGCCCUGUUUAAGCAAGGACAAUAAUCCAAGAAAGCAAUUUCUGAAGUGCACCAUGCCCUUAGCACAGAUGUGAUGCGGAGCGAGUUCCCAAUUCUGCCAGCUGACAGCUCGGCGAAAUCUCUCUCAGAUCCCGGUUAGAACAGACCGCUAGCACCAAGACUCUGUGGCGUAAUCCCUGGGACAGUUAAAAAGCCUUUGUUACAAAUUCCUUGUAUGCAUCCUACUCCAAAAGAGGCAGGCUUUGUAUCCCCCAUUAGGAUUUUGCGUCUGUAAUCUGAAGACUGGUUUACACAGCGCAGAAUUCACGACAGCAGCAAGUUCUUACUGCACGCGGUCACGGUUUUUGUACAUAUUAUUUAAAUAUGUUGCACAGAUUUAGCGGUUUUUUUGUUUUGUGUGGAGUGUACAUGAUACAUUGUGAAAUGGGAUCUUAAUAUUUACCUGUGAAAUGCAAAUGUGAUGCUAAAAACACUGUGUCUAGCGUUCUAAAUGUAAAGGUUUAGUUUUAUAUUGACAAUGUUAACUUAUUGCUUUGUAUCUUUGAAUCUUUGUAAAUAUAUUAUAAAGUCCAUUCAAGGCAGUAAAAUAUGAUUUUAAAUAGCAGCUGUUACAUUAUGAAAGUCUCAGUGUGCUCAUUCCAGGUUCAUUAAUACCGAACUGCAAAAA